UGGAGGGUAUGCGAGAAAUGAGUGAAGUGCACCAAUCAGUGCGCACAGAUUUGACGCGCGCAGGCACACAGUGAAGCGCUCACGAGUUCUUUACCCAUCACACCAGCGUACCGUCUAGUGCGUGUCACUCAGUUUGGAGAGGUAGUGCAAUCCUCGGCAGUGUUCUGAGACUGCACUAACCGCUCACAGUCAUUACUGUAAAUUAGAAUGGACGUUACGGAAUAGAGAUAAAACAAAUACCAUCAUCAUUUCUGUGAGAAGAUACGCGUUUUAAAGUUUUUCUUUUGGGGAAAGUUGAGUGAAUUCAUUUUAAGCAGUCUUCUGCAUUGGCCCAUCAUGACAGCCGAAAGAGAUAAAAAGAGGCACCCUUCAGAAAGGCGGAAGGAAAAGUCCCGUGAUGCAGCACGCUCCAGGCGCAGUAAAGAAUCUGAGGUUUUCUAUGAACUCGCCCACCAGUUGCCGUUACCUCACAACAUCAGCUCACACCUGGACAAAGCCUCCAUCAUGAGAUUAGCCAUCAGCUUCCUGCGCACACACAAACUCUUCAACUCAGGCCACACAGUCCGACAAACUCAGUCACAGAAUGACAGCCAGAUGGACAGUUUAUAUCUAAAGUCUCUGGGAGGAUUUGUGGCUGUAGUAACAUCAGAUGGAGACAUGAUAUUUCUCUCUGAAAAUGUCAGUAAAUUUAUGGGCCUGACACAGGUGGAACUGACAGGCCACAGCAUCUUUGACUUCACACACCCCUGCGAUCAUGAAGAAAUUCGAGAGAAUCUCAGUGUCAAAUCAGGACAUGUAUAUGGAAGAAGUGGUAAAGAUAUGAGCAUGGGCAGAGAUUUCUUUAUGAGGAUGAAGUGUACGGUCACCAACAGAGGUCGUGCUGUCAAUCUCAAAUCGGCCAGUUGGAAGGUGCUGCACUGCACGGGGCAUCUGCAAGUGUGCACCAGCCGCCCCCCUCAAGUUCUAUGUGGGUUUUCGGAGCCACCCCUCACUUGCGUCACCAUGCUGUGUGCACCAAUCCCACAUCCCUCUAGUAUGGACACACCCCUUGACAGCAAGACGUUCAUGAGCAGGCACAGUAUGGAUAUGAAGUUUAUCUACUGCGAUGAGAGAGUUAGCAGUCUGAUUGGGUAUAAACCAGAGGAACUUCUAGGGCGUUCUGUGUAUGAGUUAUCCCAUGCUCUAGAUUUUGAGAGUAUGACAAAGAGCCACCAAAAUCUUUGUAACAAAGGUCAAGUGGUGAGUGGCCAGUACAGAAUGUUAGCCAAGCAAGGGGGCUACGUUUGGGUGGAGACCCAGGCGACCGUUAUCUACAACAAUCGCAACUCCCAACCACAGUGCAUCAUCUGCAUCAACUACGUCCUGAGUUCUGUUGAAGAUGAGUCAGUGAUCUUCUCCUUGGAUCAGACGGAGGCUCUGCUCAAGCCCUACCACAUGCAGCAACUGUUCAGCCAGGGUAAAGCGGCCUCCGAUCUGUUCACUCAUUUCAAGGAAGAUCCUGAGGACUUAGCCCAGUUAGCACCCAUGCCAGGAGAUGCCAUCAUUGCCCUGGACUUUGGUCAGAGCGCCACCCGCCAUUACUUCAACCAUUCCCCCUACAACACCUUCACCCUCUUCACAUCCUCAACCCCUGAAAGUCCACCAUUUAAAGAGUCAGAUUUCUUAAAGUCUACUAAACUGCCUGUGGUCAGCCAGCCAUGGAUUGUGGACACAGUGCCUGGUAGUAAUCCUGAUAGCAACCUAUCAUCCACCUACACCAUUCCCCAGGUGCCAGCUCCAGCCAAGGCCUCGCCCAGUGCCACGCCCUGCUUAAGCAGCUGCAGCAGUUGCUCUACACCUAGCAGUCCCGUAGAUUACUGUGGCAGUGGGGAGUGUGAACUGAAGGUAGAGCUGACAAAAAAGAUAUUUGCCUCAGAAACUGUGGCAACUAAUCCCACAGACUCCCAGGUGGACCUGAAUGAUCUUGACCUGGAGACUCUUGCUCCCUACAUUCCCAUGGAUGGUGAGGACUUCCAGCUGAACCCAAUCUGUCAGGAUGAGUCGAUGCCUGACACAGGUCCAGGCCUGAGCACAGCCCUCCAGCACAGCUUCAGCAGUGUAGCUGACCUCUUCCAGCCCCUGGGCCCCUUCUCCUCUGACAACAAGGGCAGUCGCAACACAUGUCCAAACACGGUUCACAUGCAACCUUACCAAUCUGCACCCAGCAUCCCGCUCCCAUUUGAGGGGGGUAGACAGUGGCCCCCUGACCCACCCUUACAGUAUAAACAUAGAGAGAUUGGACGCAUGGAUGAACAGAGCACUGCAGAUCCACAACAAACAUGUAAUUUCACUGCUGUGCUGCAACAGCAAAGGUUCUUUGAAAACUUUGCCCCUGUGCAGAAAGGCACGAAUCUGGGACAGACAGCUCUUGCCCAUGGCUUUAAACGGAAGAGACAGUCAGAGUUCAGCUCAUCAUGCUCUUUCUCUGAUAAUCAUAAGCAGGAUGUGGUGCCUCACAAUGAAUCUGCUGAUGUCACACAGAAAAGGAUGAAGACGGCGACCAUUGACGGCUCUACCUUCUGUGCCAGGAAGUCUCUGAGUACCAAUGUGCUCACAGAUACAUUUCCAUGCAUGGAAAGUGGAGUGGUGGCUCCUCACGGCUGCAGUCAGUCUAUCAACGGGAGCUCAGAUGAUCUGAAACAGCAUUUUGUAGACUCAUUCUGCCCUUCUAAUAAAAGACGAUACCACAUGUUGCCUUCACCCAAACACACAGGGAUAAUAAGUCAAUUGCUGGGCCCAUCCUUUGACUCGUUCUGUCUGCCAGAGCUUACACGAUAUGACUGCGAGGUCAACGUACCUCUACAGGGAAACCUGCAUCUGCUGCAGGGCUGUGACCUCCUGAGAGCCCUGGACCAGACCACGUAGAUCAAGAGCUUCUGCUGCAAUUUAUCCACCCUGUACUUUCACCUUCCCUCUUUGUCUAUGUACAUUAUAUUUUCUCUAUAAUGGUUUCUUCUAUGCAUGUGUUAUCAGCCUUUAUUUAGAUUUCUUUGUAUAUUUUCCUCUGUGUAAUAUUUUAAUAUAUAUAUAUAAAAAAUCUGAUUGUUACUUUUGUAAAUUGUGUUUGGACAUACCACUUUUACUGUAGUCUUUCUGUGCUGUUUCAGAUGCUUAGCACUGUCAUGUUUCUUCACAUGCUUAGUGUUCUUUAAGGGAUAGUUCACACAAAAAUGGAAAUUCUGUCACCAUUUCUUUCAUGGAACACAAAUUACAUAUUUGGCUAAAUGUUAGCCUCAGUCGCCAUUCACUUUUUUGUGUAUAGAAAAAAGUUGUAAUGAGAGUAAAUAGUGACAGAGGUUAACAUUCUGCUUAACGUCUCCUUUUGUGUUACAUGGAAGAAAGAAAGUCAUACAGGUUUAAAACAUGAUGGGGUGAGUACAUUAUGACAGAAGUUUCAUUUUUAGGUGAACUAUUCCUUUGUGGUAAAAUUCACAAGAUGUUUCAAUGGUGUAAAUUUAGCUAUGGUCCCCCUACAAUAUAUGAUAUAUAUCGGUAACACUUCUAACUAAGGUUCCAUUUGUUAACAAUAGUUAACAUGAGCUAACAGUGAAAAAUACUUUUACAGCAUUUAUUAAUUUUGGUUUAUGUUCAUUUCAACAUAUAUAUAUAUAUAUAUAUUUAAAUCAAACAUUGUAUAUUUUAACAUUUGUUCAUGUUAAUUAACUCAAUUAAAUGUUAAAUGAAUUAACAUGAACCAACAGUGAACAAGUUGUAAUUGUAUUAUAUAUAUAUAUAUAUAUAUUUCAAUGUUAGUUCAUGAAACAUAAUGAAUUAACAAAUAUUAAUGAAUGGAACCUUAUUGUAAAGUGUUAGCUAAAUAUCAAAUAACUUAAAUACUAAUACAGUGACAUAAGCAAUAUAGAAAUCUUUCAUUCAGCUUUGUGUACUGACAUGUUUGUACUGUAUAAAAGAAAGACAGCCUUUAAAAAAGCCUUAAAAACUGCCUUGAGCUUUUAAAAGCUAAAAAUUAGGAAUAAAUCUAUCUUACAAAUAUGUCUGUUUUCCGAUUUAGAACAUUUGUAAUUGACCUGCUUCUCUGAUAUUACCUCAACUUUCCCCUAAAUUCCUCUCUACACAAUCAUUAUGACAAGGAUGCUGUUUUGAAUGUAUAGAUUUGCUGUCAUCUAAAGCACUUUAUUUUAAAAAAAAAAAUGCAAAUGGCACCUCAAUAUUUUGUGUAGACCAAAAUGAAAAAUAUUUCUUUUUUAGCUCUAGUGUAGUCAUAUAAAUCAUGUCUAUUCUGCCCCACCCAACACUACUAACCUCCUUUAAUAUAUCUCUCAUACUCUUUCCUUGAUAACACAAGACAUGUAAACUCUUACAUAUUAUUUUCUCAUACAAACAUGCCUAUUCUGUCAACAUUAUAUGAGGUCAGAGUUAUAUGCUCUCUGUAACACGUAAAAAAUGUUGUAUUUGGUGUUAAGAAGUGCCUUGGUACUUGGUCUUGUCUGCCUAGCAUUAUAGACAGUGAUGCAUUGUAGCUUUCUCUUUUAUGUACUUUAUAUAUAUAUAUAUAUAAUAUGGUAGUUUAAGGUUAUUCAGUUUUGUAUUAAAUGAUGUGUAUCACUUUCUUGUGAUACUGUGGGGUUUCUGUGUUUCUUUACAAAAUAUAUAAAACUAGAUUUGGCUUUUGUGAGAGUCUGUGAUUGUUUAUU